CCGAGGGGCCCCGGGCGGCGGCGCGCAGGGCCGGGGCGGCCGGCGGCGGCCCCGGGGCUGGGGGGAGUCCAGCCCGGAUAUUGAGUGCAGCCAUUGAGAAAAGCCAAACUCUUGUGUGUGUGCGUCUGGAAUAGCCCCCAAGAUGGCCGCCAAUGUGGGAUCGAUGUUUCAAUAUUGGAAGCGAUUUGAUCUACGGCGACUCCAGAAGGAGCUUAAUUCCGUCGCUUCCGAGCUGUCUGCACGGCAGGAGGAGAGUGAACAUUCUCAUAAACAUUUAAUUGAACUCCGCCGGGAAUUUAAGAAAAAUGUACCUGAGGAAAUCAGAGAGAUGGUGGCUCCUGUGUUAAAAAGCUUCCAAGCUGAGGUGGUGGCUCUUAGCAAGAGAAGCCAGGAGGCCGAGGCCGCUUUCCUGAGUGUUUACAAGCAGUUAAUUGAAGCACCAGACCCUGUGCCUGUGUUUGAGGGGACGCGCAGCCUAGACGACAGACUGCAGCCCCCCAGCUUCGACCCCAGCGGGCAGCCGCGGCGAGACCUCCACGCUUCGUGGAAGAGGCACCCCGAGCUCCUCGGCCCCAAAGAGCAGAGAGAGGGGACGUCUCCGGCCGGGCCCACGCUGACCGAGGGGAGCCGCCUCCCGGGCAUUCCCAGCAAGGCCCUCCUGACAGAAACUUUGCUGCAGAGAAAUGAGGCGGAGAAGCAAAAGGGCCUUCAAGAAGUCCAGAUCACUCUGGCAGCCAGACUGGGGGAGGCGGAGGAGAAGAUCAAGGUCCUGCAUUCAGCGUUAAAGGCAACGCAGGCUGAGCUGCUGGAGCUGCGGCGGAAAUACGAUGAGGAGGCCGCAUCCAAGGCCGAUGAAGUCGGGCUGAUCAUGACCAACCUGGAGAAAGCCAAUCAGCGAGCUGAGGCUGCCCAGCGCGAGGUGGAAAGUCUUCGGGAGCAGCUCGCCUCCGUCAACAGCUCGAUCCGGCUGGCCUGCUGCUCCCCGCAGGGACCCGGUGGGGACAAGGUGAACUUUGCACUGUGCUCGGGCCCUCGGCUUGAGGCUGCCCUGGCCUCCAAGGACCGGGAGAUCCUGCGGCUGCUGAAGGACGUGCAGCACCUGCAGAACUCGCUGCAGGAGCUGGAGGAGGCCUCCGCCAACCAGAUCGCCGACCUGGAGCGGCAGCUCACCGCCAAGUCCGAGGCCAUCGAGAAGCUGGAGGAGAAGCUCCAGGCACAGUCCGACUAUGAGGAAAUUAAAACAGAGCUGAGCAUCCUGAAAGCCAUGAAGCUGGCCUCCAGCACCUGCAGCCUCCCCCAGCCCGGCUUCUUGUCUCCGCAGGGCAUGGCCAAGCCUGAAGACUCCCUGCUCCUGGCCAAGGAGGCCUUCUUCCCUGCGCAGAAAUUCCUUCUGGAAAAGCCUGGCCUUUUGGCGAGCCCUGAGGAGGACCCUUCGGAGGACGAUUCCCUCAAGGACUCGCUGGGCAUGGAACAGUCCUACCCAUCGCCUGCACAGCUCCCGCCACCGCCAGGGCCCGAAGACCCCCUGUCCCCAGGCCCCGGGCAGCCCCUGCUGGGCCCCGGCCUGGGCCCCGAUGGCCCUCGGACUUUCUCGCUGUCCCCCUUCCCCGGCCUGGCCUCGGGGGAGAGACUGGCAGGGGACGUGCUGCCGUCCAAGCCCAUGAUGGCCCCGGCCACCUUCAAGGGGGAGGCAGGCGGCCUGCUGGUGUUUCCGCCAGCCUUCUAUGGCUCCAAGCCCCCCACGGCCCCUGCCACCCCCGCCCCUGGCCCCGAGCCGUCCGGGGGCCCCGAGCCGGCGGACGGAGCAGGGGGUGGUGGGGCCGGGCCGGGGGCCGGGCCGGAGGAGGAGCAGCUGGACACGGCGGAGAUCGCCUUCCAGGUGAAGGAGCAGCUGCUCAAGCACAACAUCGGGCAGCGGGUGUUCGGCCACUACGUGCUGGGGCUGUCGCAGGGCUCCGUCAGCGAGAUCCUGGCCCGGCCCAAGCCGUGGCGCAAGCUCACGGUGAAGGGCAAGGAGCCCUUCAUCAAGAUGAAGCAGUUCCUGUCGGACGAGCAGAACGUGCUGGCUCUGAGGACCAUCCAGGUGCGGCAGCGAGGCAGUAUCACUCCGAGAAUCCGCACGCCUGAGACAGGCUCGGAUGACGCCAUCAAGAGCAUCCUGGAGCAGGCCAAGAAGGAGAUCGAGUCUCAGAAGGGGGGUGAGCCCAAGAACUCCACAGCCCCAUUGAGCAUCACCAACGGCACAGCCCCUGCCAGCACCUCGGAAGAUGCCAUCAAGAACAUCCUGGAGCAAGCGCGCCGCGAGAUGCAGGCGCAGCAGCAGGCCCUGCUGGAGAUGGAGGCGGGCCCCCGGGGCCGCUCAGUGCCUCCCUCGCCCCCAGAGCGGCCCUCACUGGUUGCCGUGAGCCAGAACGGAACCCCGGCCUACGUCAAGCAGGAGGACGGUGGCGGCGGUGGCGGUGGCGGGGGGACCAGCAGCAGCGCCACGCAGACGCCCCUCACGGUCCUGUCCCCCGCCGCCUUCGUGCAGAGCAUCAUCCGCAAGGUCAAGUCGGAGAUCGGGGACGCCGGCUACUUCGACCACCACUGGGCCUCGGACCGCGGCCUCCUCGGCCGCCCCUUCGCUUCUGUGUCGCCGUCGCUGUCCUCCUCCUCGUCCGGCUGCUCCGGCCAGCCCAAUGGGCGCGCCUGGCCCCGAGCGGACGAGGACGACGGGCCGGGCGGCGAGGACGAGGCCCCGCGCUCAGCCGAGCUCAAGGCGGAGGGCGGCGGGCCCGAGGCGGGUGGGGGCCGGCCGGCCUGCUACCCGGCCUUCGCGCCACGCAGCCUGAAGCCCACGGUGCCUCCGCUGACCCCCGAGCAGUACGAGCUCUACAUGUACCGCGAGGUGGACACCCUGGAGCUGACGCGCCAGGUCAAGGAGAAGCUGGCCAAGAACGGCAUCUGCCAGCGCAUCUUCGGGGAGAAGGUGCUGGGCCUGUCGCAGGGCAGCGUCAGCGACAUGCUGUCGCGGCCAAAGCCGUGGAGCAAGCUGACGCAGAAGGGCCGGGAGCCCUUCAUCCGCAUGCAACUGUGGCUCUCUGACCAGCUCGGCCAGACUGGCGGCCAGCCGCCCCGCGCCUCCCAGGCCAGUCCCACAGAACCGAGGUCCUCACCGUCCCCACCCCCUAGCCCCGCGGAGCCCGAGAAGAGUUCCCAGGAGCCCUUGAGCCUGUCGCUGGAGAGCAGCAAGGAGAACCAGCAGCCAGAGGGCCGCUCCGGCUCCUCGCUGGGUGGCAAGAUGUCCUCGGGCAGCCAGGCCUCAGGGGGCAUCCAGGAGAUUGUGGCCAUGUCCCCCGAGCUGGACACGUACUCCAUCACCAAGAGGGUCAAAGAGGUCCUCACAGACAACAACUUAGGACAGCGGCUGUUUGGGGAGAGCAUCCUGGGUCUGACGCAGGGCUCCGUGUCCGACCUGCUGUCCCGGCCCAAACCCUGGCACAAGCUGAGCCUGAAGGGGCGGGAGCCCUUUGUGCGAAUGCAGCUGUGGCUCAGUGACCCCCAUAACGUGGAGAAGCUGAGGGACAUGAAGAAACUGGAGAAGAAAGCCUACCUGAAGCGCAGGUACGGCCUCAUCAGCACCGGCUCCGACAGCGAGUCCCCGGCCGGCCGCUCGGAGUGCCCCAGCCCCUGCCUGCAGCCCCCGGAGCUGGGCCUCCUGCAGAUCAAGAAGCCACGGGUGGUGCUGGCACCCGAGGAGAAGGAGGCGCUGCGCCAGGCCUACCAGCUGGAGCCCUACCCCUCCCAGCAGACCAUCGAGCUGCUCUCCUUCCAGCUCAACCUCAAGACCAACACCGUCAUCAACUGGUUCCACAACCACAGGUCCCGGAUGCGCCGGGAGAUGUUGGUGGAGGGGACCCAAGACGAACCAGACCUCGAACCCAGUGGGGGUCCUGGCGUCCUCCCACCAGGCCACUCCCACCGAGACCCCACCCUGCAGAGCCCCAACUCCGAGGCUGAGGACCAGAAGCCGGCCGUGAAGGAGCUGGAGCUUCAGGAGGGCCCCGCGGAGAGCGCCACCCCCCCAACGGCCCAGGACAAGGCCCAAGUGAGGAUUAAGCAGGAGCAGACGGAGGAGCAGACAGAGGAGGAGAGGGGGGCGGGCGGUCAGCUCCGGGACUCGGGGGAGCCCGACGAAGGCCACGGUUCCCCCAGAGAGGCACACCCCGACCCUCCGGGUAAUGACAGACUCCCCAGAGUGGCCCCAGGGCUCCUUUUUCCAGGCGGGACCACCCCAGACUGCCCCUCACUACAGCCCCCCCGAGAGAGUGAAGGUGGGGAGCGGCUACACCCGGACCCUCUGAGUUUUAAGUCAGCCUCGGAGUCCUCGCGCUGCAGCCUGGAGGCGUCACUGAACUCGCCCUCGGCCGCCUCCUCGCCGGGCCUCAUGAUGUCUGUGUCACCGGUGCCCUCCUCCUCUGCCCCCAUCUCCCCAUCCUCACCCAGUGCACCCCCUUCCAAAGUGCCGAGUGCCAGCAGCCCCACUGCCGACACGGCCGGGGCCUUGCCCCCGGGCACCAAGGCGAACCCCAACUUGCAGCGGCGGCACGAGAAGAUGGCCAACCUGAACAGCAUCAUCUACCGGCUCGAGAGGGCUGCCAAUCGCGAGGAGGCCCUGGAGUGGGAGUUCUGAAGGCGGGGGCGAGGGCCGCACCGGGCAGCCGCCUCCCCUCUCCCCGACAGGGUGGGGUGAGGGAGGGAGGAACCCAGCCCUCCCAGUGUGGACAGCAGUGUUAUGCCGUUUACGUUUUUUGUUGUAACCCUAGUUGGAGGAAGUCAUGUGAGCGGGCGGGGCGGGUGCCACUGCCUCCUCUUUUCGGCACCCCCUGCCCCAGGGGGCACCCUCCUCCCCACCCCGGCCUCUCGGUGGGAGGCAGAAGCGAAGCGGCGUCACAUUUUCCCCUGGAGACUCCAAACUCUUUUAGAAAAAUAAAUAAAUAUUUAUAGACCUCUUUUAGCUAUUUUAAUAAAGGAUCCUUUGGAAUUUAUCCCCAGCUGAUGCUGUUUUGAUAUUGCAGAGAGUUAUAAAUCCGGACGCUGUCACAAGUGUCGUGAAGGAUACACUGACGUUGUGUCAUUUUUGCCACUAGAUGAGAUUAAAAGAAGACAAUUGUUCAAAGCCAUCACAAAACACGAUAAGACUGACCAAAAUUUAGAUAACCUUGGAACCGCGGUUUUUUCCACAUCUGUCUGUGAGACACAGCGCAUCGCUACUGCCCUUCCAGAAACCGUGCUGGAAAGAGAAAAGUCCGCAAGACUCUAAACGAAAGCCUCGAUGCCGCUGAGGACGUGUGUCGCUCCGGUGGUCCGCUUUGCAACCUCGAUAAAGCAGAGUGUCCCGGGCUGUUGUGGCCGGUGGAGAGCUGCGGGCUGUGGCCGACCGUCCCACCGAGCAUGGUCCACCCCCUCCAGUCAGAAACCUGUGGCCUUCGCUGCGUCCAUCGGUGGACAGGAUGUGUCUGCGGAUCCUUUGCAAAGCCAGGCACGGGGGCGUGCGACUGGAGGGGGGGCUUGAGCCAGAGGGACCCCAUUCCGCAGCCUGAAUCGGGGCCACAGCGCAGGAGGUUUCCCCACCAGCUCUCCAGAGCAAGGCUGUGGCCACCAUCUUCCCGCCGUGCAUUUUAAGAAACUCCCAGCGUUGGUCAUCCCACAAGCGCCCAGCACCACAAAGUAGAUGCGUCCAACUGACACACCAUCUUCCCUUCGCCCAACUCUCUCUCAUGUUGGUCCCGCUGCUCUUUCUGGAAGGCGUCUGCGGCACCACACUUGCGCAGAACAAAGCGUCGAGGUUGAGCUCGCCACAGCAUGACCACCAUACCCCAGCCUCCCAGGCCCCCAGCCUGCCUUCCCUUGCGUGACCUUCUGGGGAGCAGGGACUCUACCCCCCAACUCUGAGAAGCCUUCCUCUGGCGUCUUCAUCAUCUUGGCUUCCAGGGGGAGAGUUCCUGGUCUGGAUGGAACGGCCACCAUAUUGGUUGUUGGAUCUCUCUCUCUCCUGUUUUCCUUUUUCAAACUCUCCAUGGGAAGGCGGAAUUGGGCGACUCCCCAGCUGAGUCCGGAACGACGAGGAGAAGGUGGCCUCAAUCGGUGCCGAUCCAGUGCCAGGGGAGAGACGGCUGCCGGGGGCUUCGAGGAUGCAAGGAGCAUUUUGAAGCCAGGCUGGCAGCCCGGUGACCAGAAGGGGACAGCUGACAGCCGUUCCAGAAUCUCCGCUCUCGUGCACCCAGCCCAGACUGCAGGCUCCACGCCAGUCACCGAAGGACGCAAAUCCUGCAGGAAAAUCUCCUUUUCUGUACACCCAGGCUAUGCAUUGAAGAGUUUUCCACUGUAGACAUUUUUACCCAGAUGAAGGUAUUUUUAUACGUUGACAAUAGGAAACAGUGACCAAUUUUCAGAGUCAUCAAAUCUGGAACAAACCAAACAUCCCGUUUUAGCCACCACCGCCCUCUGGCGACAAAGACCACCGUGGGGGAACACACCGCUUUUUACUGAGACCCACCCACGGGCUCCCGGCGUCCACGCGGCCUGCGACUCCCAGACACUAAAUCCGGCUUUAGGGAGCGGGAUUGGAUGAGCGCUUAGUAUGGUCUUCUGAGCACGGACAUCCCGUCGCACCGAAAGCUGGCGGACCCGUGAACAGCUUUGUCAGGUUCACGUCCUCGGACGGUCGAAACAAAACAGAAACCCACAAAACCGUUUCUAUGAGAGAUUCAUGAACUUUGUUUAAAAUUUUAAAGAAAAAAGAACACGUUCUGUCAACGCGUCGCUCAAUACAGAAUUGUAUAAUAAUG